AUGUCCCACUGGUUCAACGUUCUCGUUCCCAAUCUCAAGAAACUCGGAGGCCACUAUCCCGUCAUGCCUAGCAUUCGCUUUUUGAGAGCCAACGCAGAAGGAACACUAGAUAUUGAUGGGAUGCCACACAACGCCCAUGGCAUGACCCUUAAGGCGCAAAGAUUUGGCAGUCGAAGAAACCUGACGCAUCAGAGAUCUGAGAGAUGCUCGUCCAAGAGAAAGAUCACCGACAAGCGCCACGCGGCACCGAUUGUUGCCCAGACAAGCUCAGAGUCGUUUCUUUACUCGAUCCUACCAACUGAUUCAUUGACUCCUCUGCCUACCCCGGUGCCGCUUCCUACCGUGGUGGAAGAUGGGUGUCCCACGGCAACAGAGCUAUCACUGUGUCCUAGUUGCACCGGGGAGGCACCGCAAUGCGUGACCGUGUCGACUCUGACGCAGUCAUGCGGCUGCCCAAGUGCAGCGGCAACAGAGACCUUCACAUUUGGUUGCGACAGGAGUGCCUGCCCUAGGGUGGGCUGCAGCACCAGCUACACCAUUGUCUCUGGCGAGGAGGCAUGCACUGGUAGUGUAAGCGUGUCUGCCACAGCCGCGACGACCGACGUGGUUACGGUCACGACGACGAACCAAGCGACUACGGCCGCUACUGGCUCACAAGCCAGCACGGCAUCAGGUGCUUCGGGCUCUUCGGCUUCUGCUAGUGCGACGCCGAAUGCGGCUGGAAGACUGGCAAUUCCAUUCAAGUUUUGGUGA